AUGUCCAAACCUUCCGACCACAUCAAGCGACCCAUGAACGCCUUCAUGGUAUGGUCCCGAGGCCAGCGGCGCAAGAUGGCCCAGGAGAACCCCAAGAUGCACAACUCAGAGAUCAGCAAACGCCUAGGCGCCGAAUGGAAGCUUCUGUCCGAGGCAGAGAAGCGGCCGUACAUUGACGAGGCCAAGAGGCUACGCGCCCAGCACAUGAAGGAGCACCCUGACUACAAGUACCGGCCGCGGCGCAAGCCCAAGAACCUGCUCAAGAAGGACAGGUAUGUCUUCCCCCUGCCCUACCUGGGCGACACGGACCCGCUCAAGGCGGCCGGCCUGCCCGUGGGGGCCUCCGACGGCCUCCUGAGCGCGCCCGAGAAAGCCCGGGCCUUCUUGCCGCCCGCCUCGGCGCCCUACUCCCUGCUGGACCCCGCGCAGUUUAGCUCGAGCGCCAUCCAGAAGAUGGGUGAAGUGCCCCACACCUUGGCCACCGGCGCGCUGCCCUACGCGUCCACCCUGGGCUACCAGAACGGCGCUUUCGGCAGCCUCAGCUGUCCCAGCCAGCACACGCACACGCACCCGUCCCCCACCAACCCGGGCUACGUGGUGCCCUGUAACUGUACCGCCUGGUCGGCCUCCACCCUGCAGCCCCCCGUCGCCUACAUCCUCUUCCCGGGCAUGACCAAGACUGGCAUAGACCCUUAUUCGUCAGCCCACGCCACGGCCAUGUAA